GUUGUCCAUUGUCCGUCUUGGCGGCAGGCACUGAUAAAAAAUUGUCUUUACUACGACGUCGUUUCUGUAUUCUGUUGUUGUUCGACGAUUAACAAAAAGUCAAAAACUGAACAAGAACCUCACAACGCCUAGCGGUUAUCGCUACUGCACAAUUUUACUUCUGGACCUAUUGUGAAUACGUACGAUUCCAUCUCGAGGUGGUGAACAAUCCGUUCCGAGUAAUGAAAGAUCGGCAAACCGCACCAGGAGAUGGUAUUAGAUCUCUAAAAACUUCCAGAGUGUUUCGGAUCAUCAACUUUGAACUCUAUUCAAAACCGAAUAAAGUGAUCAUGGCAUUAGGACUUGUAUCAAUAUCAUUCACUUUUGGAUAUCUGGUAUAUAUGAGACACCAAUAUGAAAAAAUGGGAUAUUACCCAGCUGUUGCUGAAGAUGGCCGUCAUGAAGUAUAUAAACAAAGACAAUCCAAAUGGGAUUGAAAGUGUAUUGUUAUAAUAUUACAACCUUUUAGUGA